AUGGCCGGUCGCCUCCAAGGGAAAACCGCUAUCGUCACUGGCGGAGCGUCGGGCUUUGGAAAGGGAAUUGCUGCCAAGUUUGCGGCAGAAGGCGCCAAUGUCAUUAUCACAGACCUGUCAGAGCAACAGGGCCAAACCGUUGCCUCAGAAUUGAACUGCCUGUUCGCCCGCGCCGACGUCACCAAGCCCGACGAUUGGCGGCGCGUUCUCGCACUGGCGCUCGAGAGGUUCAAUCACCUGGACAUCGUCGUCAACAACGCCGGCGCGACCUACGUGAACAAGCCGACACAGGAUGUGACCGAGGCCGACUUCGACCUCGUCAUGAACGUCAACGUCAAGAGCAUCUACCAGUCCACCCAGGUCUUGGUCCCCUACUUCAUCAAGGAGGGGCGGCCAGGCUGUUUCAUCCAGGUUGCUUCGACCGCUGGUAGCCGCCCGCGGCCCAGAUUGACUUGGUACAAUGCUUCCAAGGCAGCCGUCAUCAAUGCCAGCAAGACCAUGGCCGUCGAAUACGGCCCUAAUCAGAUUCGGUUCAACACUGUCUCGCCCGUCGUGGGCAGCACAGGAAUGACGCACUUGUUCAUCGGCAAGGAGGACACCGAGGAGAACAGGAAGGGAUUCGUGUCAACAAUCCCUCUUGGUAGACCAUCUACGCCUAGCGACAUUGCCAAUGCCUGCUGUUACCUUGCCAGCGACGAGGCAGCGUUUAUUACGGGCGUAGAUCUCGAGGUGGACGGAGGCCGUUGUGUGUAG